AUGGAGCCAGGGCUGCAGCAAGCAGGCAGCCGUGGGGCCCCUUCCCCCGACCCAGCCAUGCAGAUGCCACCCGACUCGGUGGCCAGCCCCUGGAGAAGCACGAGGCCCUGGAGAACCACAAGCCACAGCUACUUCUACCUCAGCACCAUCGCGCUGGUGUGCCUCGUUGCGGCAAUGGCGAUCAUCCUGGUCCUGGUAGUCCAGAAGAAAGACUCCACUCCCAGAACAACUGACAAGGUUCCCCUUAAAGGAGGAAAUUGCUCAGAUGACCUCUUAUGUACCAUGAAAAGAAGUCAUUUCAAGAAGUCUUGGGCUUACCUCCAAGUGUCAAAAAAUCUCAACAAUACCAAACUGUCAUGGAACCAAGAUGGUGCCAUCCAUGGAGUCGGAUACCAGGAUGGGAGCCUGGUAAUCCAGUUCCCAGGCUGGUAUUUCAUCGUUUGUCAGCUGCAAUUUGUUGUGCAGUGCUCAAAUCAUUCUGUGGACCUGACGUUGAAGCUCCUCAUCAAUACCAAAGUCAAGAAGCAGACACUGGUAACAGUGUGCCAGUCUGGAAUUCAAAACGAGAACACAUACCAGAAUCUCUCUCAGUUCUUGCUGUCUUACUUACAGGUCAACUCCACCAUAUCAGUGGUGGUGGAUAAUUACCAGUACGUGGAUACAAAAACUCUUCCUCUUCAAAACGUGCUGUCCAUCUUCUUAUAUAGUAGUUCAGACUGA